UCAGUGAACAGCGCUGCGAAUCUCGUGAUUUUCGCGCGGCAAAACGUAUACGUAUAAUAUACGCGGUAUAUAUGAUGUUGCAUUUGUGUGCGUGCAGUGCGAGUGCAGCGAUCGAGCGUUUAAAUUGUUCAGAAAUAUUUUUAUCAUAUCCACUGUUAUAUAGAGGUAGGUAGGUGCCCGGUAUUCCGAUACCGUAAAUAUAAUUACGCACGUAUCAUCGUUCCUACGACAAACAAAUAUAAAAAUAAAAGUAUAUCUACAAUAAAAAUUGCGGUCGUGUGCGAACUUGUAUUGAUUUCGUCGUGACGGAAACACGGCGAAUCAAUUAUUAUAUGCACUAAUGUUUCAUAAUAUGAUCCGUUUCACAACUUUGAUUCGGCUUGACAAUAUCACAAUACACACAUGAAAGUGUCUACUAUUGAACGUCGGCGGUUCACAGCCUGCAGCAGACAGCGAAUAAUAUUGUCGUUAAAAUGAGAUUUGUCAUCUUGACAACGUCUGUGAUUUUGCAAUAUGCAGCUUAAAGACAGAACUUUUGAAGUUACCUCAGACGUGAAAAAAAUAUUGAUUUUCAGUCAUGUUGUAAGGCUCCCUGUAGACGACUUCGUGAUAUUUUUGUCACGAAAUUAAACACAAAUAUUUACGAUGAUCGCCUGCACUGUUGACCGCAGAUAACAUUAUAUAUAUAUACAAUCGCCGGUGGUGUAUAACUGCGUAUAGUGUAUAUUAUACAAAUCGCACUCUGAGGGCGUUUCUGGAAACGACAACGACAACGACGACGACUCAUUUCUGCUGCAGAAGCUGCAGUUUCGACCGGAUAUGUCCACACCGGUGGUCACCACUCCAGUGGAAGUCACCGCUACGGCGAACACCGUACCCGCCGUCGCGGUGGUCGCAGCUUUGGUCGACCCGGCGAACGAUUGUCGAUCGCCACCGGAAAAGGUCACCGGGAACGUAAGGCACGCGAGCAUGCCGCAUAUAGAUUCUCGGCCACGUCGUCUGCAGGAAACGACGAUGACUGUCCCGAAGUCCGGUAAGGAUCAAACGGCGCACCAGCAACGUCUGCAGUACGGCAGGUCCAACAGUACGAUAGCGGCGGCAGCGGCCGAGAGGGGUGUGCAUCGUGUCGGUGGUGGCGGUGGCGGCGGUGGUGGUGGUGUCGGAGCGGGAUUCAAGAGCAAGUUGCGCAAUUCGUUCAGGUCGACUGCUAAGAGAAUCCGGCAACAGCAAUCGGCCAUUGACGCGCUGGCCAAGAACAGCCAAAUGCUUGGAUUGCACAACCUCCAGGACAGUCCCAGGACGAUUCAGACGCAACGGGCUGUUGGUCGAGAGAUCGCCGGUCAGACGUCCAAACAUCGACCACAAAAUCAACAGGGCGUGGUGUUGUAUUCGUCGUCGGGAAGCGACCACAGUCUCGGAAGAGAGAGGUCACCGACCAUUAGCAGCUACCCAAAAGGAUCUCCUUCACUAUGGACAGGCACUUGCAGCCCAUUAGGUGGUUCGCAAUUUUCGUUGGCCACUCAAAACACGUGCUGUUGUCAGCAUGUGGUCAACAAUUGCAAAAUGAUGAUAGAAAACAACAACAAUAUGUGGCAACAAAAUAAUUCGUUCAAACACAAUAGGGGCAAUAAUUCUGGGCCAAAAAAUUCAAAUGGGGAACCAUACGAAGACAGUGACGGUCUAACGUGGAGGAGAUUGCACAUGAGCAGAGCAAAACUCAAAGCUACAGCUACCACAUCUGAACUAUUAUCUGGAUUUGCGAUGGUGGCGAUGGUGGAGCUGCAGAUCAACGAGCCGACCAUGGUGCCCGAAUGGCUGUUCAUCAUGUUCGCGGUGUGCACCACCGUGCUGGUGGCCGUGCACAUAUUCGCGCUGAUGAUCAGCACGUACCUGCUGCCCAACGUGGACGCCAUCAGCAAGCUGCAGAGCACCAAGCUGAUCCAGGAGUCGCCGCACGAACGCAUGCGCGGCUUCGUCGAACUGGCCUGGGCGUUCUCCACCGUGCUCGGGCUGUUCCUGUUCCUGGUCGAGGUGGCCAUACUGUGCUGGGUCAAGUUCUGGGACCACUCGGUACGGGCCGCCAUGGCGGCCACCAUAAUCGUCAUACCGGUGCUGGUCAUAUUCGUGUUCUUCGUGUUCCAUUUCUACCGGAACCUGGUCGUGUACAAGUGCAAGUCCACCGUGUCCGACAUCAAGGAACUGGAGGCCAUGAAGAAGAAACUGGACGCGGCCGGCACCACAAAAGUCGUGUGAUCCACGUGGCGGCCGAUCGGUAGUCUUGCAUUAUAUGUUUUUGAAUUUCUAAAUAACAACAAAUAUCCGUUGGUUUCUAAUAAGUCAUAUACUCGUGAUUUUAAUCGAUAACACUGUAUUUCCGUUGUACUACCGUCACAGUUGCGCAAUAGGAACUAUUAAAACUCAUAAUAUAGGAAUAAAAAUGAAAUCUAAACGAAUAUUUAAAUAAAAUUAUUAUAUGAAAUAUCUAAUGUUAUGCGCUAAUAACUCGUGUAAAAAAUCUAUUAUAAUAAUAUGCACUACCUAUUAACAUUUAUAUAUUUUGUUUUACUGUUGUUAUGAAACGGAUAUGUACCUCACUAUUUGCAUGUUUACACCUAUAUGUAGCAAAAAAAAAAAAAACAUAAAAAUGCACGAAUUUA